UCCACCUCCUCCCCUUCAUGUAACUGCUGGUAUUGACUUUGCAGUGCACUGUAGUGUCCUUAGUCAACAGCAGGUAUUGAAUGUAGCAGCUUCUUAGGUUCGUGAAAGCAGCAGACCACAGCUCGAUUCAAUCAGCGUUUCGUAGUCGGUAGGCGAUUAUGCUGCAAUGGCUGUUCUGGCCACGUUAGCGGUUAGAGAGGGUCACUGACAGUGCGAUUAUCGUUUGGAUGACGUAGAUUCGUAACGAGCGGUUCGUCGUCCGUCGUCAGAAACGGAAAGCGUCGGAGGCCGUCAGUAGCUGGCACGAUGAUGGACGUGGCGCCGCUCACGUUCCUCUUGGUCUUUAUCGUCUGCACCGUGGGAGCAUGGAUCGUCUCCAAGUUCUUCACGCAGAUCGUAACCCUCGCGAUCAAGGUUACCACAGGAAACUCUCUGAGCUUUCGCGUGCUCGGCCUCCUGAAGAUCAAGGACAUCCACUGCGCUUUCAAAAAGGGUCCGAUACAGAGCGUGACUAUACGGGAAGUGAAGGGCCACCUGGCGGCCAUCAGCAGCCUCAAGUUCCGCCUGCGCAUCAAGAUCAAGGAUGUCGACAUCGUGCUCCGCCCCUCGCCGCCCUCCACCAGCAAGAAAAAGAAGAAAACGAGCAGCCCUAGGAGGAAAGCCGGGGCGAUCGCAGCCGCAUGGGGGCGGUGGAAGCUUCUGGGGAGCUUCUUUCGGAUGGUCCGCCUGUGCGUGUUUGAUGUGUCGGUGCGGUCGACCCAGGCGCCUGAUGUGUGCUUCCAGCUGAGGGAAUUCGACCUCUUCUCAACGGCGGACACUGCAGGGAAAGGGCAGCUGGCGAUGAGGCUGGAGCUCCUGGGUAUCUCCCUCUCCCACCGCCCCUCGUCCUCUAAGAAGGGCCCUGCUCCCCGGUCCCGGUCGCUGAAUCUCUUCAGGAUUGGGGGCGGAGGUGGGCAUAGCCACGCGCCUGGUGCACGUGCAGUGGUCUGAGCUCGAGCUCAACCUGUCCGAGCGCCUGCUCGCUCUGCGCAUCGUCAAGCCCCCCAAACGCCCCCCUGCUGCGCAGCCCACUCCUGCUGCUGCUGCUGCUGCUGCAGUGGCCGAUGUUCCCGUGCUGGUGAAUGAGAAAAAACGGCCCAACCUCCCGGAAAAGGUGCAAGUCGCCUUGCCGCGCAUCAUGGUGCGCCUGUGGCACCACCGCUGCGGCCUCCUACUGCGCAGCAGCUGUGGCCCAAUCACCCUCUCCUCCACGCUCUCUCGCCCGGCCCCCGACCUCUCUGUAAUUGAGGCGGACAUGAGCAUCGGCAUCGUGGAGAUCUUGAAGAGUGCGGAGGGAAGUGCCCUGUCAGUCACUCGUGUGUCCACGUCAGCAUGCCUCUCCUUCCCUCACUAU